UUUGCUAGAAUUAUGGACAAAUAUUUGAUAAGAAAACCACGUACCCAAGAUUCAGCUCCUGCACAAGAUUCUUCUUCAUCUUCUAAGCGAAUUCGUGUUGACUUUAACUUAGAGAAUCUUCCUUCAGAUCCUGGGCUACGAGAAAAAAUAUCAUCUUAUCAUCCUAAUGAUCGUGAUGAAAUAAGAAGAUAUUAUUUAACAAAAGGCCCUUGUCAACCUGUUUUACACAGUGAUGAUUACCCUAUAUCUUUUUUUUCUGGAAAGCCUCGUCGAUUUUUAUCCAAAUGGUAUAAAGAUAGAUGCUGGUUGGAAUAUAGUAUAGACAAAGAUGCAGUAUUCUGUUUUUAUUGCUAUCUAUUUGGACAAGAUGUUGGUAAGCAAGGGGGAGGUGACACUUUUGUAACGAAGGGAUUCAAACUUUGGAAUCAGAAAGAUAAGUUAAAUUCCCAUGUUGGAGGAGUUAAUAGUGCUCAUUACCAAGCUGUCCAGAAGGGUAAUGAUUUGUUGAACAAAAAGCAACACAUUCAAAGUGUUUUUGUUAAGCAAUCAAAUCAAGAUAAAAUUGACUAUUGGAUUCAAUUAAAUGCAAUAGUUGAUUGCAUAAGAUUCCUUUUAUGCCGGGGAUUAGCUUUUCGUGGUCACGAUGAAUCCCAAGGUUCAAGUGAUAAAGGAAAUUUUCUUGAGCUUGUACAAUUUUUGGGGGAUCACAAUGAAUCUAUUAAUGAAGUGUUGCAAAAAGCUUCGAAAAAUUGCAAGCUUACCCACCCUGACAUUCAAAAAGAUAUUGUGAAUGCAAUUGCACGUGAAACAUCCAAAGCCAUCAUCAAGGAUCUUGACAAUGGGUUCUUUUCAAUAUUAGUUGAUGAGUUACGUGAUAUCUCAGUGAAAGAACAAAUGGCUCUCGUUCUUCGUUAUGUGAACAAAGAAGGCAUUAUUAUAGAGCGAUUCCUUGGUAUUGUACAUGUAGCAAGUACUACCGCUUUGUCACUCAAGCAUGCUAUUGAAUGUUUACUUUGUGAACAUAAUUUGAGUUUAUCGAACCUACGUGGGCAAGGUUAUGACGGGGCUAGUAAUAUGCAAGGUGAUAUCAAUGGUCUCAAAACUUUAAUUUUGAAAGAGAACAAGUCAGCAUUUUAUGUCCAUUGUUUUGCUCAUCAACUUCAAUUGACACUUGUUGCUGUUGCUAAAAAUCACAUUAACAUUGCUGAAUUUUUUUAUGUGGUUAGUAAUUUAGUAACUGUUGUUGGAGGUUCUUGUAAGAGACGAGAUGCUCUUCGAGAUACACAAUUUGCCAAAAUUAAAGAAGAUUUAGAGAAUGGUGUUCGUAGAAGUGGGCAAGGUUUGAAUCAAGAGACAAAUCUUAAACGUCCUGGUGAUACACGUUGGGGAUCAUAUUAUGGGACCAUUCUCAGUUUGAUUUUGAUGUUCUCUGCAAUUGUUGAUGUGCUAGAGAUUAUUGAAGAAGAUGGCCUCUCCGACCAAAAAGUUGAAGCUCGAUCUAUUAUGAGGUCAAUUCUUUCUUUUGAAUUUGUCUUUGCUCUACACUUGAUGAAAAAUAUUUUAGGGAUCACAAAUGAGUUGUCAAUAGCAUUACAAAAAAAAAAUCAAGAUAUAGUAAAUGCUAUGGAUCUUGUUAAAGUGUCUAAGCAACGGUUGCAAGUGAUGAGAGAUGAUGGAUUGGCAUCUUUAUUGGCUGAAGUAUCUUUAUUUUGUACCUCACAUGAUAUUCCUAUCUUGGACAUGGAAGCGAUAUUUGUAGUUAGUGGGAGGCCGCGGCGCAACACCCAACAAAAUACAAAUUUACAUCAUUAUCGUGUUGAGCUAUUCUACACAGUCAUAGAUAUGCAACUUCAAGAGCUUAACAACCGUUUUUCUGAGGCGAAUACUGAUUUGCUACUUUGUAUGGCUUGCUUGAAUCCAAGUAAUUCAUUUGUGGCUUUCGAUAAGGAAAAGUUGAUACGUCUAGCUAAGUUCUAUCCUUCUGAUUUUCUUGGGACAGAUAUUUUGGCACUUGACUCUCAACUGCAGAAUUAUAUUUUUGAUAUGCGCAGCAAUGACUUCUUUUUAGAGCUUCAAGGAGUUAGUGAACUUGCUGAAAAGUUAGUGAGCACAAGAAAACACGAGACUUAUCCAUUAGUCUAUUUGCUAGUGAAGCUAGCUUUGACCCUUCCAGUUGCUACUGCAACAGUAGAAAGAAGUUUUUCAGCAAUGAAAUAUGUAAAGAAUGAACUGCGCAAUCGAAUGGGAGAUCAAUGGAUGAAUGAUUGCUUGAUUGUGUAUAUUGAAAAAGAUGUAGCUUGUAGCAUUGAUAAUGAGACUAUUAUGCAACGAUUUCAAAAUAUGAAAACUCGUAGAAAGCAAUUGUAAAUUCUAUGUAUUUGUGUA